AUGUCAACGGACGCUCACAUUGAGAAAGUGAAAGAAUUGGUGCUCCAAAAUCUUCGACUGACUGUGCAAGAGAUAGCAGAUGAAUGUCUCAGAGAAGACGUGUUUCCCCCAGAAUGGAGGAAGGCGACUCUUGUUUUCCCGAAGAAGGGCAAAGCACCCGGAGACCCUUUUACCUACAGGCCGAUAUACCUGCUGGACGAGGAGGGCAAGAUGUUCCAGCGCAUCAUUGCCCACCAUCUCGUCCAGCACUUGUCCCUGGAGGGUCCGAACCUUCACGACGACCAAUACGGUUUCAGGGCGGACCGGUCCACCCUGGACGCGAUCCAACGCAUCCGGGAGCUAGCCCGCCACGCCGUGGAGGAUGAUGGGGUGUUGUUGGUGGUGUCGCUCAACAUCUUGAACGCCUUCAACACCCUAUUCUGGUCGGAGGUGGGACGGGUCCUCGAGUAUUAUGGGGUGCCCGUCUAUCUCCGGCAAAUUCUAUCGGAUUACUUCAGGGACAGGGACCUUCCCUUCACCUCAAAGGGCGGGGUCUCGAGCCGAAGGGUGGCUUCCCGCAAGACGCAAGCAGUUUACUUCCAUGAUGGAAGUCGCGAGGCGCCGCCACAGUCUUGGGUGAGGGUGGAUGCAGUCCGCGUCCGCAUCGGGCCACAAAUAGAAUAUCUGGGCCUGGUGCUGGACGGCCGCUGGGACUUCGGGACCCACUUCCGGCGGACGGCUCUCCGGGUCCGCAAAAUUGAGCUGACACUAGCCAGCCUGAUGCGGAACCAAGAGGGUCCGAGCUGGCACGCGUUGCGGCCGGUGUUCAUCAGGGCGAUCCGAGCAUAUAGGACCACGUCCUACAUGGCGGCGACGGCCCUGGCCGGCCUUCCCUCCGUGGAGCUCCUGGCCCGCGAACGCCAUCAGGUGUUCUGGCGGGUCAAGAAGCUCCGCGGUGAGGGAGAGACGAUUACGGUCAAGGAGGUGGCGGCCCUGAGAUCUCAGGCCAGGGACCGGGCGCUUGAGCAGUGGCAGCAGAUGCUGCACGACUCUCGGGUGCCCGGUCUCUGA